GGGCCCCGCUCUCGCGCCGCAGUCGCUCGAGGCGCCGAGGAUGCCGCUGGAGCUGGGGCUGUGGGACGGGCCGCUGAGCCUGGGCGAGGUGGAGCAGCCGCCGGCGCUGCCCCUGCGGGUGCGCUACGGGGCGCUGGAGCUGGACGAGCUGGGCCAGGUGCUCACCCCCACGCAGGUUCAGAACCGCCCAACCAGCAUUGAGUGGGAUGGCUGCGAUCCACAGAAACUCUACACCUUGGUUCUUACUGAUCCAGAUGCUCCGAGCAGGAAGGAUCCAAAGUUCAGGGAAUGGCAUCACUUCUUGGUUGUCAACAUGAAAGGAAAUGACAUCAGCAGUGGGUGUGUCCUUUCUGAUUACGUUGGUUCUGGGCCACCCAAAGGGACAGGACUUCACCGGUAUGUGUGGCUGGUCUACGAACAGCCGCAGCCACUGAACUGCAACGAACCCGUCCUCACGAACCGAUCUGGUGACAAACGUGGGAAGUUCCAAGUGGCCUCUUUCCGCAAAAAGUACAAGCUGGGAAACCCGGUGGCUGGCACCUGCUAUCAGGCGGAGUGGGAUAGCUAUGUGCCAAAACUCUACGAGCAGCUGUCUGGGAAGUAGGGGGGAGGGGCAGCCCUUAAGCCUCUUAUCUUUGUUCCUGCAUCCCUAAAUCCCAUCACCUAGAACAAAACUAGCUUUGAGUGAGAUGUAUCAGUCUUCUGGGAGACAAAGUUUGGACAAAAGUAAGUGUUGGAGUAGAGCAAUUUCUACCACUGUCCCUGCUGUUCAUGAGGCUCUGUGGUGCCUCUGCAAACAAUUACUAGGUGGAACCAGAGCCCCUUACCCAAUGCACAGCCAUGACCUGAACCUGCUUCAGUAUUAAUGUAGCUUUUGCAUGGGUGGGGGGUCCUGCCCAAUCACCAAGGCAGACUUCAGUUGCUAGUAGCAAGUGGGCCCUACCCAGACAGGGGUAAAGGGAAAAUGUACCAUUUAUUGUGCCCAUUUCUGCAGAAACCAUUGCUGCCUAAAGAGCACUAGUCCACUACAGAAAUCUGCUAAGGUGAAAUGCUUAGAGCUGCUUACGCCUCCCGGGCCGUCUUGGAAAGCCUGGGGGUGGGAGAAUAUGGCGUCUGUUUCUCUUUCCUCUUGGUAAGAGUGAGCUGAGGUUCUUGCAUGUGUUCCCACCUGCCCUUGCACUCUUAUGUCAAACUUCACAAUUAGUCUGGAAGCAGAAAGAUUUGACAUAUGGUAGCAAACAAAUUCUUAAAACACAGAGCCUGCCUUUAUGCAGACAUACGAAGUAGGGGGGAAAGACAGAAUUCACUAGUCACUAAACACUGGUCCUAGCAGAUUAACUAUCCAAAAAGACUUCAGAUGUUCCCUGGAGGGGUCAGUAGGUCGGAGCUGCUCUGUUCCACACCAGUAUGUCAGGCCACAGCUGUGCCCUUUAAUUUGAUUUAACUUUAUACUGGAAUGGAGGGGGCAAAACUUGACCCUGGAAGCUUUUGUUGAACCAGAAAAUUAAUUUAGCUUAUAUUGAAACCCUUGUUUGUGCAAGUCAGUGUUGUGCGCUGUUUGCUUUUAGUUCAAUUAAAAGGACAGAAUCACA